AGAGGAAGCAACAUGGCGUCAUGCUCCGAUCUUAUCAGCUGGACUGUGAGGGGUUAAAAUGUCUGAAACAUGAGAUGACUCCACCCAGUCACCAUCCCACUUUUUUCUGUCUUUUCUCAAACUCAGCGCCAUUUCGCAGAGCAGACAUCAAGGUUCAGAUUGUGUCCAGAGCUGCUUUGAGUCUCGUCCUGAAGGUCUGAGUGAAGCUACUGCUGUGUUUCUCAAAAAUGCCACCCAGAAGAACAAGUAAAGGACAAAAGGACAUCAGGUCUUUUAUGAAAAGUAAAGACCAGUCUUCCUGUAGCGAUGGGACCAACACAGACAAGUCAGAGCCAAGUGCAGCUGAGACAAGCUUUCAAGCAAACGUUAAGGAAGAGAAUGCAGAUUUGAAGGGGGAACAUUUGCAUCAAUUCAAGGUGAAAUUCAAGCGCACUGACCGUAAAACAUACACCAUCGACUGUGAUCAACCUCGCUCAGUGCUGGACGCCAUCAAGUCACAUGUCAAUUAUAAGAACAUGUUUCAACAGGUCUCAGAUAAAAACAUUAUAAUUCAGCUGGGAAGAGAAGACAAGGCAACUGUUAUUGCAACUCACUUCCCCUGUUCUUGUAUCGAGGAGGGUGAAUGUCUGAUCAUAUCACAGAAGCAAGAACAGGUUGAAGAGAUCAAACAGCAGCAUUACCAACCUGUAUCUGCCAGAGCCAGUUACUCUGUCUUCUACAUAGACAGUUUAGGAGGCCUCAACACCAAAACAAAGGAGCUUUUUAGAAGCAAAGCUUUCAGACAGUACAAGUAUCUGUGUGUUUAUGGUGUUAAGGGCAUGACUGUGGAGGAAGCUGUGAACAAUGACGGCCGCUUCGUUGAUGAUCUUGGUGAUUUCACCCUGUCCGACAAUGAGAAUCCAGACACGCUGACCAACUGUAAACAGAGAGUCGACAGCCUACAUCACAAGGAGUUUAAGAUAUGUCUUCCUCUGAAUAAGAGAGAAAAUGAUGAGAAGGGUCAGGAAAGCCCAGGUGCAUCGUCUGAGGCCCAACACAAGCGUGGCCCCUCAGCCAUCUUAGAAGCAGCACAGCAGAGUGGAGUCAGCGUCAAAGAAGUACUGGAAAAGAGAAGUGAUUACAACACUGAGGAAGUCUAUAAAAUACUGCGUGAGCAGUUUCCUGAGCUCAAGAAGCAGAUGCAGAGUAGAUUCACAGGGGAUUCUUUUCAGAAGGCGUUGACGCUGAGGAAAGAAAACUUUGGAAAGAUCCAACAGUCGUUUAGUGAGGUCCACAGAGUCAGGAAGCUGCUGGAUCUGGGCAGGUCGGUCUGUAACCUGGUUAUUGAAAAUGAAUGUCAAGGAACAGGCUUCGUUCUGUUUGAUAACUUUAUCCUAACGAACGCACAUUUGUUUAAAAAAUGUGUUGAAGGGGAGAAGCUGCCAGAGCGAAUCAAUGUGUUUGCUCUGUUUAAUUAUGAGGAACCUGAGCCACAAUCUAAGUUCUACAACUUUAGCUGUAAGAAAGACCUGGUCGACUUAGACUUAGACUUAGACUACGCCGUACUUGAGCUGAACCCCGAUGGCCGGAAACACAACCUAAACUCCCAAAAAUCGAAAAUGACUGUUCCUCCAGGUCUCCUGGAGAUAUUUGGUCCAGUCCCUCAGAACGGAGAAGCCUGUCUCAUCGGUCACCCGAGAGGAGGGGUUAAAAAAAUGGAUCCUACAUGCAUCAUUGAGAAAGAGAGAAGGGAGGAGGCUGUCCUUGAGCAUUUAAAUCUAUACAAGGACGACCCGUUUGUUAUUAAAACAAUCAUUAAACUUAUCAGUGACCAAGGCAUUGAAAACAUCAUGAUGGGUGGAAGUAAGGCUGACGAUACAGCGACCUACAACACCUUCAUGUAUCAUGGCUCCUCUGGCUCCCCAGUGUUUGAUGCUCACUGCCACGUGUUUGGUUUGCACUCAGCAGGAUUCACCUACGAGUUUACCAACAACACACACAGUGUGUUAGAGUAUGCCCAUCCUCUGCUUGCUAUAUUUGAGAACUUUGUGAGUAAGUUGAGGAGAAAGGGAGAUGAUAAGCUGCUGAAGAGAGUCGAGGAGAAAGCAAAGAAAAACGAGUACUUAAGGAAGGUCCUUGAGCCCUAAGAGCCAAUGGACACUGAGUAAUGACUUAAUAACGUCUAUCUGUUCAGUGGACACUGUCAGACUUCCUGUUUAAUUAUGUUUGCCUAAACCUAUUAUGAUGUAUUUAUCGUAUCUACUUUAUAUUGUUUUUACAGUUUGAAGAAAUCUGCGUAAAAUGUUUCCAAAGGUGAAAAUAAUACUCAACAUUCAACAAAGAAUGUACAGUGUAAAAAUGACUAUAACUCUUACUUAUGGUUGGAAUACAUUUCUAAGAAGGUUUGUAAUUCUGAUAUCCUCCCAAAAGUGUUUAAAAAUCCAGAGAUCAUCUGAACCGGGGCUUUUGGAAGAGAGAUUUUUAUAAUUGCUGCAUCAAGUGUCGCAAUUGAGAUUUGAUUAUCACACGUUUGUUUGAAGUUGUUGUUUACCUUGAGGAUAUGUUGCACCAUUCUCUAGAAAGUAUCACCAUCUAUACCCGAAGGUUCAGCAUUGAAGACUUCUGAGGAUAUUUAGUUUUCACGUGUGAUUCAAAGCUGUUUUUUUCCAAUAUUUAUUUGUGUAAUUUAUUGGGUUGUGGUUUAAUAUGUAGUUAUAUGACACAGUGGUCAUUUAGUGGCUGCAACUAUACUACAGGAAACAUCAUGAUAAUCAUCAAGUUGUGUAAAGUGCCUUGACAUAACUAUGUUGUCAAUUGACACUAUGUAAAUAAAACUGAAUUAAAUGGAAAAAUGGCACAAUAGGC